AUCUAUCGCAGCUCGAAAUCAUCAUUCAACAUAAGCACUGUCUAUAUAAGAGCAAGGCUGAGGGAGAGAGUGCCCUGUUUUCUUUCAUUUGAAUAUGGCGUCUGCGUUUUGGGCUGCUUCUCCUCAACUUCUAUCUCCACCAAGCUCCUUGAAUCGGAUGAGCUUCAGCCCUAAUUUAAGGAAUGCCAUGUUCUUUGAGAAGAAUAACUUAGUUAGGAGGGGUGAUGGAACCAAACGUAAAUGGCAUGCACUCAUCAAAUCUCAGUUGUCUGUUGAGGGGGAUCUUCUUCUAAAGGAACUUGAUGGUCAUCAUGACAAAAAAGAUAUUGGUGUUGUGGGCAUUCAUCAUGUUGGUUUGCUCUGCCAAAACCUUGAAAGUUCCCUUGACUUUUACAAAAAUCUCUUAGGUUUAGAAAUCAAUGAGGCAAGACCAAAUGAUAAGCUCCCUUACAGGGGUGCUUGGUUGUGGGUGGGCUCCGAGAUGAUUCACUUAAUGGAGCUUCCAAAUCCAGACCCCAUAACUGGGAGACCUGAACAUGGGGGUCGUGAUCGUCAUGCUUGCAUUGCAAUUCGAAGUGUAUCGACACUGAAGGCCAUUUUUGAUCGUGCUGGUAUUCCCUACACCCUAAGCCGCUCCGGAAGACCUGCUAUUUUUGCACGUGAUCCAGAUGGGAAUGCACUUGAAUUCACUCAAAUUGACUGAUGCUCACAACUAACACUGGGUAUGAGCACAUGACAGAUGCACAAGAAGAAAUAUGUAAACUUGAAGGUUAACCAGGAGUGUCUUCUACGUACAUAAUUAUUCAUGUAAUGCAAUGUCACUGAGUUUCAGGAUAUCUACUCAAUGGUUCCAUUGAAAUAUCCAAUAUAUUCCCAAUUUGUUUAGGUUUUGACUAUUACCUCCACUGCUGCCACGAGCAGCAAUUCCACCAUUACUACAACUGAUACUACUGGUAAUACUACUAUGUUGAUGAUAACCUUGAAUAAAAUAGGGGUAAUUUUUGCA